UUUCCGAAGCUCUGGGCCAGACCUUGAUGACGGUCAUCACAUCAAUUGCAUUGCACAUGUUCUUUCUACCACUUUGCAAAUCGGGCAGUUCAAUCGUUGGAUUGAAACCCCGCAUUUGACGACCAAGCUAGCGAUGCCAACGCACAAACGCAGCGCACGCACGCGUCACGGGCGACGCCAGUACUGGCAAGUAAGCCGAAGAACUUUGUCAAUGGUGUAUACCACUCCAAGGUUCUGAUUCUCAGCCUUGGCUCACCAGCGGACGUCAGUCUGCCGUGUCCCUCAACAGUGGCUUCCUCCAUCUCCAUCUCCAUCACCAUGUCAAUAUUCCAAGCAAAACACCGCCCAGCAACAGCCAAGCACACAUCCCCCCACUGAAACAUCACAAGGCUCAUCUCCCAUCUAACGUCAUCCCCGGAAACAAUAAUAAACCCUUCUCUCCGUCGGACUCAGUACCAAUCCUUGCUCUCAACCCCGCAACUCCAACGGCAAACCGGACCAACCUUGCGGACUUAGACUCCUCUAAUUGGUCACAUCGGACAAGCUAAUUCGCCCAGCCACCAAACGCUCAUCGUCAUGACUGCCAAACUAGGUUGUGAACUAUCGAAAUGGCAUCUUCCAAGCCUUUUUUCCUGAACCAUGUUUAGUUUCUGAGGGGUACGGUUGGCGGAAGCCUCGGCUCGGCGUCAUACGUAAUGUGAUAUAUAAUUGAGUUAACUUAUAAAAAGACACUUCUCCGCCAUUACUUGAAGGCUUGGACUGUUGCCAAUUACAUCAUACUUCACAAUGGCUCUUCAUCGUGUCCUCACGCUUUUGCUAGGCCUCACUGCUGCCGCUCAAGGCCAUAUUUACAAACGAGCUGUCUCGUCUGAACCGCUUCCGCCCAGUGAAGAUCCAUGGUAUACCGCCCCAGAAGGCUAUGAGAAUAAAGAGCCCGGCACUGUUCUUCGUCUACGCCCUGCACCCGGAAAUUUGACCCGCAUCACGGGAAACAGCUCUGCGACGUACAAUAUUCUGUACCGCACUACAGACAGCCAGUACAAGCCGACGUGGGCCGUCACGACGCUCUUCGUGCCUAAGCUCGGGGCCAACAGCUCUGCUGCGAAGCUGUUCAACCAGAGCGCUUUGCUCUCGUACCAAGUUCCCUACGAUUCAGCAGAUGUGGAUGCUAGUCCAAGUUACGCAGUGUACUCCGCAGCUGGUGUCAGCAGUCUAGAGCUUUUCAACGCUGCUCUAGGUCUUGGCGUUUUUCUCAGCGUUCCCGACUACGAAGGUCCUCUUGCGUCGUUCACGGCGGGUGUCAUCUCCGGCCAUGCGACUCUUGAUUCAAUCCGCGCUGUUCUCUCUCUCGGUCUUGGUCUUGACACAACGAACCCUCGCGUUGCGCUUUGGGGAUACUCUGGCGGCGCGUUGGCUAGUGAAUGGGCUUCUGAGCUUGCUGUGCAGUAUGCGCCUGAUCUUGAAGACACAGUCGUUGGUGUUGCGCUUGGCGGCUUGACACCGAAUGUAACCGCUGUCCUGGAUGCUAUUUCUGGCAAAGACGCUGCUGGUCUUGCGCCAAGCUCCAUCCUCGGUUUGACAAGCCAAUACCCUGACGUACAAAAGUACGUUCUCUCUCAAUUAAAGACAUCCGGAGAAAACAACAAGACUGCCUUCCUAGCUGCCGAGAACUACACCCUCGCUGAAGCAGGCGGCGCAUAUGCAGGAGUCGAUAUCUUCGACUUUUUCAAGGACGGCGAAAAAUUGUUCCGCGAUCCUCGCGUUCAGCGCAUUAUCAACCGCGAUGGAAUCAUGGGCUACCACGGCGUUCCCCAAUGGCCCAUCUUUGCGUACCAGGGUGUCCACGAUGAGAUCAGCCCGAUUGCCAACACCGAUAAGCUCAUUGAGCGAUACUGUGGCAUCGGCGCUAAUAUCUUGUAUCAACGAAAUACUGUUGGCACGCAUUCGCAGAACUUUGCGCUUAAUGCUGCAACGGCUAUUCAGUGGUUAGCUACUGUUCUGACGGGGCAGUAUGAUAAGACGUACAAGACGGAGGGAUGUACUAUCCAGAAUGUUACGAGGAACAAUACUGCUCUUCCGUUGAGGAAGAGAGGCAUGCCUAUGAGGGUUUAUGAUUUGUGGUGAUGGGCUACCAUAAGUUAUGAUGUUUGGACCUGGUACUAAUAUGACGGAGUUCUGGGAUGAGAUCGAUUGGGUGCUCUAUAUAACAUCGUGUAAUAUUCAAUUAGUACAUAUUAAUGCUACUUCGAUUUUGGGACUUA